CGUGGGUACCGCACUACCGCAGUUGGCGCAGUUGUCAGUUACCUGCUCCGUCUGUCAGUUGUCGUGUUGUGUUGUGUCGUUUUUGCCGUCGCGGCUGAGAGCCGUCUCCGGCGUUGUCGACUAAAUUAUCGUAAUAAAUUUGACCGGUUCCUCGUGCGAAUAUUUGAUACGCAGUUAAACUACAACGAAUUUGUGAUCGCCUUUUUUUCUCUCUUUUAAUUCCUUAGAUAGUAUCGCAUUUGAUCUGGGUAAUAUCCUCGGGUUUUCUGUUUUUUUUUCUUUCAUGUAGUGUCUAUAAACCCAAAACUUUGUUAUUAUUUUUGAUGUAUAAUGAGUUUUGUGCGUGACGGUUCGCUAAACCGCCGCAAGAGACGAUUAAUUCAUCAAAUUUUAUCGGCGCACAAUAUCGAAUCAGAUGGAAAAAAGAUUCACAAAACGAACGACAAAACCACUGCUCAAAGUGAUUUUGCGACAAGUACUCGACUGUUAAAUUUUGACGAAAGUACGGACAAUCGGUUGGCGUCGACGGUUGUAGUAACUGAGAAGAAAUCCAGAUAUUCAAAUGCUAAAUUUAUGCAAUCAAAAGCUUUUUUGUACUUAAAUUACAAAAAAAUGAAAAAAAAUGAAGUUAACAAAUCUCUCAAAGAACAUUUAAAACAGUUCGAUAAAAAUGAAACACAUUUAAAAGAGCUUUUUGAAAAAUGCUACAAUGUAACAAACGGCUCUAUAAAAAAGAGUUUAUCUAUGAUGAAACAGAUUGAGACUGAAACACGAGUUAUAAUUAAUCAUCCAAUAACUUUAUCUUCUGAAAUAAGGAAUAGGUUGCCUAUGUUCUCCCGUAAAGAUAAGAAAACUUUUAAAAGAGUUGAUAAUAUGGAGGAUAAAAAGAAUAAGGCAAUACGUUUAAUGCAAAUAAUUGAUAACAAAAAUUUAAUAUUAUUUGGUAAAUAUAAUUCAAAAAAGGAUAAAAAAAUCCUCUACUCAAAUAGAGUUAUUAAUACGGUACCUAAAAUAGAUGAAAAUUAUUAUGAUUCACGUAGUUCGGAUAAUGAAAAUAAUGAAAGUGAAAAUAAUUGUUGUCGCUUAACUAAAUCUUAUAGCCUACAUUCCAUUCAGAAAGAUUCUUUCAGAGUAACUAAAGAUUCUAAAUCUCGUUCUGUUCGUAUUGGCCGUAAAAAACCUUUUUCACGUAAGAAAAAUCCGAUUAAUAAUGUUGAAGAAACUAUAGUUUCACAACCAAAAAAAAACGGAAUUGUUCAAAAUGCUGCCAACAAGUCUCUGCUCAAAAAAAAUAUUUAUGUUGAAAAAAUUAUGAUUCCACAGUUAAAAAUUGAUGAAACUGUUCAAAAUGUUAAAAAGUUUGGGUUGAAAAUAGUUGAAGAAAAUGUGACACCACAUUUAAAAAAGGACAAAUGCGUUGAAAAUGACCAAGAUUCUGCGUUGAAAAUAGUUGAAGAUAGCGGAGAGAUUAUGAUUCCACGGUCGAUUGAANUCGAAAAUAUUGAAAAUACCAAGAGUUCUGUCAUGGAAUUUAAUAUUAAUGUCGGAGAAAUUAAUGAUAUAAAAUCAGAAAAAUAUACAAUUAAUCAAGAUAAUAACGAUUUUCAAGUUAAUGAAAUAAAAUAUACAAAUAUUAAUGAUACGAAUCAACAACCCGAAAUAUUGGGCCAUGUCUAUAUAGUACAUAAAAUUAGAAAUCUUAUUAAUCCUGAAGAUAAAGUGUUUAAAAAUUCUAUAAUAAAAGAUUUGACGACAUAUUUCUUAAAUGAUAAUUUUCUAUUCAAAGUCGAUGCUUUGUGGAAUACUACACAAUCAUAUCUUGUUGGGGAGUUAAUCAUAAAGCUUCUAAAUAUGUUUAAUGACAGGAAAUAUAAUAUGGCACUAUUUUCAGGUUGUUUAAUUUCCAUUUUUCGUGAAAUCGCUCAUAAGUCUUCAAUUCCUCCGUGUGAAAGAAAAUUAAAAUUGAUAUUACUUCUUGAUGCUAUUAAAAAAUACGUUAAAUUUUAUGAUAAAGAAUUAUGGAGAAGUUGGUUUUUGCCUAGUAUAUUCUUCGAUUGGUGUUUUAUCGUAGCCCACAUCUUUAUGAAUACUAAUAAUGGUUUUAUAAUAGAUCUAAAUAAUGAGUUGAUCAUUAGAAAUGUAAAAUUAUACUAUAAAAUGGUUAAGCAUAGAAAAUAUUUGUUUAUUAAACAAAAUUCUAAACUAAACACGUCACAUAAGAAAAGUGGUAUUUUCGAAUUAUCAAGAAUUGAUGACCUGUUGGAAAUCGAUGAGCUAUAUGCAAUAAAAAGUGAUAACAAAGUAAUAUCAAAUAGCUCUAUCAACAUAACAUCAAAAGAACCCAAACUUAAAACAAAUGACAACUGUAUAAAAACUAUUAAUCAUGCUAUUCCAGAAAAUUCAGGAAAAGCAUGUCCUGCUCCAGUUAACAAAGUAACAUCAAAUAUCCCUAUUAACAUAUCGUCUAAAGAACCCUUACACAAAAAACUCAAAACAAAUGACAAUUGUGUAAAAACUAUUUAUCAUGCUACUCCAGAAAAUGUAGAAAAAGCGUGUCCUGCUCUAGUUAACCAAGUCCUAUCAAAUAUCUCUAUUAACAUACCAUCCAAAGAAUCCAAACACAAGAAACUCAAAACAAAUAACAACUGUGUAAAAGCUAUUAAUCAUGCUACUCCGGAAAAUUUAGGAAAAGCAUGUCCUGAUCCAGUUAACAAAGUAACAUCAAAUAUCUCUAUUAACAAAUCAUCAAAUGAACCCAUACGCAAGAAACUCAAAACAAAUGACAACUGUGUAAAUACUAUUAACCGUGCUACUCCGGAAAAUGUAGAAAAAGUGUGUCAUACUCCAGUUUAUCCUAAAAUAUAUGUUAAUCCAAUAUAUAAUGUUUCAAACUCAUUUGUUAAAAAAUGUAAUUGGUUUAAUAUUGAUGUCAGUAAUCUUAGAAAAAAAUUGAAUGCCACAUUACCCAACGAAAGUAUAGAAAGUUCCAUUAUUGUCCAAAAUAAUACUACAAAUGUUGAUAACAAUAUUCUACCAUUAGUUGGUAAAAAAGGAAAUGUAGCUUUAAAAAAAAUGAACAAACCAACAAAAACAAAAAAAUCCAAGAUCACUUAUAGUUCAUCAAUAGCUCCUAUAAAUUCAAGUUCAAAAACAUCUCCAAUAUCAAGUCUAACAAUCAUACCUCAAAAUUCAAGUUCAUCAACAUUCCACCAAAAUUCAAAUUCGUCAAUAAUUCCUCAAAAUUUAAAUUCAUCAACAUUCCUUCAAAAUUCAAGUUCAUUAACAAUACCUCGAUAUUCAAGUUCAUCAACACAACCUCAAAAUUCACUUUCGUUAACAGUUCCUCAAUAUUUAAGUUCGUUAACAGUUCCUCAAAAUUCAAGUUCGUUAACAAUACCUCAAUAUUCAAGUUCAUCAACAUUACCCCAAAAUUCAUGUUCGUUAACAAUACCUCAAAAUUCAAAUUCGUCAAUAGUUCCUCAACAUUUAAAUUCAUCAACAUUCCUUCAAAAUUCAAGUUCAUCAACAUUUCCUCAAGAUUCACGUUCGUUAACAGUUCCUCAAUAUUUAAGUUCGUUAACAAUACCUCAAUAUUCAAGUUCAUCAACACAACCUCAAAAUUCACGUUCGUUAACAGUUCCUCAAAAUUCAAGUUCGUUAACAAUACCUCAAUAUUCAAGUUCAUCAACAUUACCCCAAAAUUCAUGUUCGUUAACAAUACCUCAAAAUUCAAAUUCGUCAAUAGUUCCUCAACAUUUAAAUUCAUCAACAUUCCUUCAAAAUUCAAGUUCAUCAACAUUUCCUCAAGAUUCACGUUCGUUAACAGUUCCUCAAUAUUUAAGUCCAUAUUAUAAUAAUAUUUCUACCGGAUCUACUCAAGUUCCAAUUAACUGCCAAAUAGGUUCGUCAAUUGCUAAACAAACUUCAAGUUCAAUGAAUACAUAUCUACCAGUUAAUAUAAAUUCACAAUUGUCAAAAACUACUCUACCUCCAGUAUCUUCAAAUAAAUGGCCUCCAAAUCUUUAUCAACAAUCGACUGCCAUGAAUUCACAAUCUUUGAAAACAGCAAAUUCGUGUCCAUUAAAUGUAACAAAUACAACAAACAUUCAUAAAAAUUUGUAUAAUGACCCUUCGUGCAAUGAAUGUGCUUACUUACAACCAUACAUGGAUUCUACCUCAUCGUAUUUGCAGUCGUCAUGUAAUGAGAAUAGUCUAAUAAUCAAUGAACAUUCUCAGCUUGUAAAUUUACUUACACGUCCUACAAAUCAUGUACAACCAAUACCGAAAGAUACAAUAAGAAAUAUUACAGCAACUAUGGCAUCAAUUAAUAACGCCUAUAUUCAAGAUUUAAAUAACAGAUAUAAUGUUUAUAAUCAUGGAAAUAGUCUUUUGAACCAAAAUAACCUACAAACUCAUGAAUAUAAUCCUCAGGUUUCACCAGAUUUGCCUGAUGCACAACUACCUAACAUGCCAAAUCACCUGGAUUCUGAUACGAGAAAUAAAAUGAAAUCUGAUUGGCACUACCCCACUUAAAAAAAUAUCAUCGUUUUUAACUAGAUUUUAGAUUAUUUAAUCAAAAUUAUUAUAAAUC